AUGUCGCAGCCGGAUGACGUUGUACAGGAUAAAGGCGACGGUGGUGAUGGACCCCUUGAGGAACUUGCCGAGUUGCAAGUCAAGGAGGAGGCUAGACUCGAGAAGCUCUUCGCGGAGCAGAGAGUUGAGCAUGGGCUGGACAAUGAGACGACCUUGAACACUUUCUUCAAGUUGUUCGACAUGUGGAUCCAGCUCUAUCGGCUCAACAAGUGCAUGGAGGUGCUUCCGGAAAUUGUGCCCAUAUGCCGCAGCAGAGGAGGCGACUUUCACGUGAAAGGUGUUCAGGCUUUGGCGUUCACCUUAUGGAAGAAGUCGCAGUUCAACGAUGCAGUCAAGCUCUUUCACGAAAUUGAGGAUCUCGUAGGCUGCAGUGCAGCCUUGUGCGAAAACAUGGGCCACACUUACAGCUCCAUGGGCAACUUUGACAAGGCGUCGGAAUACUUCACGCGAGCUCUGCUGUGCCUGGACAAAGAGGAGGAGAUGGGCAAGAGGACAGGCGACCGAGCAGGCAUCCUGCUCGGCCUUGGGUUGAUCGAGGACCGCUUGGGCCGGUUUGAACAGGCCCUUUCCUCCGUGAGGCAAUCACAGGAUCUGUUCCGGCAGCGGGCAGGCGACAAGCCCUCUUCACUGGUUGCUAAAGCCGGAAUGUCCAUUGCAAAGAUCCUGCUGAAGCUGGCCUUGCAGGAGACCGACGAAAUGAAAAAACAGGAAAUGGAGGAUGAAGCCAUCAUCCGUGAAGAAGAAAACGUCGCUUUGUUUGAGGUCACUUGUGGUGACGACAGCCCGUUGACUGCAUCAGCAUUGCGUGGGCUUGGGGAAGCACAGAAGCGCAGGGGGCGGAUUCCAGAAGCCAUUGCAAGUUUUGCGCGGUCGUACCAGAUUGAGGCUCAGAAGGAUGCGUUUGACCUCCUUGGGGUCAUGGAGGUCCACAACCAUCUAUUUGGUGCUCACAUGGACUUGGUCAAGCUUGGGCAGCCUCUGAACCGUGCCAGCUUCCGCACCUAUUUGCCCACCGUUGACCUGGCUUUGGAACGGGUUCAUGAAAUGAAGCAAGAUGCGAAUGCUGGCGCCUACUACAAGGUGGCUGGCGAAUUUGCUGCCUUCGCUGAAGAAUAUCAACGAGCAUCACAGCUUUUGGGCAAGGCAGUUGGCCUUUUCAAAACGGAGGAAGACUCCAAAGUGCAGGGUCUCAUCCAGCACUGUGAAGAGCUGAAGGUCCGCAGUUGGAAGAAGUCUGACACAAGCUGGGAUGACCAGGCAGCAAAGUUGCCAGAAAGCUGGCAAGCAUGCACCACGCGGUCGUGCAAGAGCGUGUUUGAUGUUGAACACUCCGGCAAGUUUUUGGCUAGAACUCUGGUCCCCAUCGCGCGGAGCAACAUGGAGCGCCUUUCGGUGAAGCGAGUGCCAACUUCCCCGAUCGCAGGCCAGAAGCCUGGAACCUCUGGCUUGCGUAAGACGGUGAAGGUCUUCCAGGGCAAGAAUUAUUUGGAGAAUUAUGUGCAGAGCACCUUCGAUGCCCUGGUAAGCAGUGGCUGCAAGGUGCAGGGUGGCGUUAUGGUUCUUGGUGGUGAUGGCCGAUACUUCAACAAGUACUCUCUGCAGGUUGUCUUGGCCAUGGCCCUUGCCAACGGCGUCUCUGAGAUCUGGGUUGGGCAGGACGGGCUGCUGAGCACCCCGGCCAUGAGUGCUGUCAUCCGCACACGCAAAGGUGGCUUCGUUCCCUUUGGUGGAUUUGUCUUGACGGCUUCGCACAACCCUGCGGGCGUGGACGGGGACUUCGGCAUCAAGUUCAAUUGCGAAAAUGGCGAGCCAGCCCCACCCAAAAUCACGGACAAGAUCUACAAAGUCUCGCAGAGCAUUUCCGAGUACAAAACCUGCACCAUUCCCAAGGUUGACUUUUCUAAAUGCGGGGUCACGACGAUCGGUGGAGCACGAGUCGAGGUUUUCAAUCCUGUCGACGACCAUGUGACACUCUUGAAAACGGUCUUUGAUUUCGAGGCUAUCAAGAAGCUCGUCCAUCGCACAGACUUUACGUUCUUUUACGACUGCAUGCAUGGGGUACAGGGUCCUUACGCCAAGCGUGUGUUUUGUGACGAGCUUGGUGCGAAGGCAUCGUGCCUCAUGAACGCCACGCCCAAGGAGGAUUUUGGAGGAAAGAGUUCUCCACAGAAGGGCCACGCAGAUCCGAAUCUUAGCCAUUCGUUGGAGCUCAUGGCCAAACUGGCGGUCAACAAAGAGGGCAUGCGCUUGGCUUAUGACCAGUUCCCCGCGGCGAGCUUCGGUGCGGGAGCUGAUGGUGAUGCUGAUCGCAAUAUCAUAUUGGGCAAGAAUUGCUUUGUCAGCCCCGGCGACAGCCUGGCCAUCAUCCUUCAGCAUGCGCAGUGCAUUCCAUUCUUCCGAGGUGGAGUAAAAGGCUGCGCACGCUCCUUGCCGACCACAGGUGCUGUGGACCGUGUUGCCAAGAAGUACAACAUUCCCUGCUUCGUGACACCAACCGGCUGGAAGAAUUUCGGCAAUCUGAUGGAGUCAGGUACAAAGCUUCCCGGGAAGACGUACACACCAUUCAUUUGUGGCGAAGAGUCCUACGGGACCAGCAGCAACCACGUUCGUGAGAAGGACGGGAUGUGGGCUGCUAUGGCAUGGUUGCAGAUACUGGCGAGCAAGAACACAGACCCAACAAAGCCUUUGGUCGGCGUUCGAGACUUGUGCAGGGAGCACUUCAAGGAGUUCGGCCGCCACUACUACUGGCGAUAUGACUUUGAUGGCCUUGAUAAAGAUGAAGCCGAUUCUACCAUGAAGAAGAUUGUGCAAGAAGGAGCCAAAAUGGUUGGCAAAGAAGUAAAGGAGAUGCGUGUGCAAAGUGUGGAGGACUUUGUCUACACUGAUCCGGUGGAUGGGUCCGUGACUACAGGGGAGGGUGUCGUCCUAAAGCUUUCUGGAGAUGCCCGAGUGGUGGUACGCCUGAGCGGGACAGGCUCCAGCGGUAAGGCCUCCAUGCGCGUUUACCUGGAGAAAUACGAAUCGCCGCAGGGCCAGCUGGAUGCAAGCGCAUUGGAGAUCACAAAACCUUUGCUUGAUGCGACGAUGAUGUUGACUCCCUUGCCAAAGCUGCUCGGCAGCUCUUUCAAAGAGAAAAUGCUGGCCAAAAAGUUGCCAUCCCAAUUUAUCACCUGGUGGUUGGGGCUCUUUGAGGAGCUUUGUCAAGGUAAGAAAGGCGUCGUUCUGGAAAAGAACAUCUUGCCUGUGAGUUCGUUGCCUGACUUGAGCGGCCUACCCCUUGGCGAUGAAGCCCUCCUAUCGAAAACCGUGGUAAUGCGCCUCAAUGGUGGGCUGGGCACGACCAUGGGCCUGGACAAGGCGAAAAGCCUGCUGAAGGUGAAGGAGAACCAUACGUUUAUGGAUCUCAUCGUGAAGCAGGUUAUGCAGAUCCAGGAGAAGCAGCCUUUACGCUUCAUGCUCUUCAAUUCUUUCUCCACUGAGGCAGACACGAAGGAGUUCAUGAAAAAAUAUCCGACUUUCCAUUCCAAGUGGGAGGCUGUUUCCUUGAAGCAGUACAUGGCUCCGAAAGUCACUGAGUCCAUGGCACCGGCCAAGUACCCGAAGAAGCCCAAUUGUGAAUGGUGCCCACCCGGACACGGAGACAUCUAUGCCGCUUUGCUCCUCUCGGGAACUUUGGAUCAGCUUCUUAAGGAAGGAUACAAGUAUAUGUUCGUCGCCAACUGUGACAACUUGGGAGCUUCUGUCAACAUGCGUCUUCUGGGACAUUUGGCCAGUUCGGGAGCCCCCAUGCUUAUGGAGGUCUGCGUCCGCGGUGAAGAGGACAAGAAAGGAGGCCACUUGGCCAGAACGACCGACGGCAAGUUCACACUCCGCGAGAGUGCCCAAGUCCACAAGCAAGAUGAGAAGGCCUUUGAGAACAUCUCCAGGCAUCGCUACUUCAAUACCAACAACAUUUGGCUGAAUUUGGAGCAGCUGCGCAAUGCCCUGACGAAGGACGGGCUCUUCAAGCUGCCACUGAUUGCCAACGAGAAGAAGUUGGACCCGACGGGCAAGGAUGACGUCGUGUCACCUAUCCCGCAGUUCAGUGAACCGAAGCCCGGUGCAGGUUCCACGGUGGUACAAGUGGAAACCGCGAUGGGUGCUGCAAUCUCUUUGUUCCCAGAUGCCAAGGCAGUCGUAGUUCCGUCAGAUCGGUUUCUUCCAGUGAAGACGAAUGCACAGCUUGCAGUUCUUCGCAGCGAAGCCUUCACGGUGGCAGAAGAUUUCACUUUGAUGAAGGCUCCACGUCCACGAGCCCCUGUGGAUCCCCUCCUCAAGCAGCUGCCCCCAAUGUUGAAAAGCUAUGCGGUCAUGGCACAUGCGCAACAGCUUCAUGUGGAAGCGAAAACUCGCAAAGCGGCUGGAGUGCCUGAGCUUGCCUUCACCUCUGAUGGCAAGCCGAUCUCGCCAUGGCAUAACAUCCCCCUUUUCUCGAAUGCCCUCAAUGCAGUCUUCGAGAUACCGAAAAACUCUAGUGCCAUCGCUCGUGUUUCGUCCGGCACCGGGAAUCCAAUAAAGCAGGUGGUGCAAGGCGGGAAGCUGGCCUUUUUCGACGGACCAAUUUACUGGAACAUCGGCAUCCUGCCACAGACCUGGGGGAACCCGGCCACCAGCGAUCCAACUUCCAAGUUUUGUGGCAACGACCGGCCGAUGGAAGUCAUCGAGAUCGGCAACGCCUCCAUUGUGCAAGGAAUGGUCAAAGAAGUAAAGCCGCUGGGUUUGCUGCCGGUGAGCUUUCAGAACAUGGUUCAUUGGAAAGUCAUCGCCAUUUGUCUUGACGACCCGCUCGCAAAACAGCUGCAUGACAUCAAGGAUGUUGAGGCCAAGUGCAAGGGUGUGAUCAGUGGUAUUCGCGAGUGGUUUCGUUGGCACCUCGUUGCACAGGGACAGCCUUUGUGUAAGGUUGAGCAGGUCAUGGCAAAGGAGAAGGCCAUGGAGGUAAUCAAGAGACAGCAUGACCAGUGGCGCAGCCAUGCAGCCUCGGCCAGCAAAAGCGCCAAAACCCACGGUUUCGUGAACAUGGAGGUGCCGCACUCACCCGCCCCGAGCUUGCAGUCUCCGGCAGAGGUAAAAGCCCCCGUCAAGACAUGCAAGGCCGAGGAAAGCUACGUCACUUUCAUGAAAGGAGAUCCUGGCACAAAGGAUUUCCAGCUCAGCUUCAAACGCCAAACCCCUCAAACCGAGAAGGCUCAAAGCACUGCUGGCAUGACGCAGACGCCGGCCCAGAAAGCAGAGAUUGAGAAGAUCAAGUCCGUUUCACCGUGGCAUGAUUUCCCACUCAAUGCAGGGCAAGGCCAGUUCUACUUCGUCACUGAGAUUCCGAAGAUGACAACUGCGAAGUUUGAGGUGCAGCUUGAAUUGGAGGGAAACCCAAUCAUGCAGGACACGAAGAAGGGCAAGCCACGGCACUAUGCUGGCCCCAUGUUCUGGAACUACGGCAUGCUGCCACGCACUUGGGAAGAUGAUAAUGACGAGAUGGAUGAUGACGAGGGUUUCACAGGGGACGGUGAUCCAUUGGAUGUAGUGGAAAUUGGUUCCCGGCAACUGGGCCUGGGAAGCAUCAGCAAGGUCAAGCCGCUAGGUGCUCUGGCACAAAUCGACGAGCACGACCUCGACUGGAAGAUCAUUGCAAUCAAUGUUGAGGACCCUUUGGCUGCCGAGUUGAAUGACAUCACAGACGUGGAGCUCAAGUUGCCAGGAGUCGUUAGUGGCAUUCGCGAGUGGUUCAGGUGGUACAAGACUCCGGACGACAAAGCCCCGAACAAGUUCGCCUACAAAGAGAAGGCCUUCGGACAAGCAGAGGCCCUCAAGGUGAUCCAGAAGUGCCACGAAUCAUGGAAGAAGCUGUUGGAUGGUGGGUCGAAGCCUGGCCGCAAGUGGGUGCCUGGGCACUUGUCCUUGCGGGAGAAGACCUUUGCCAUGAUCAAGCCCGACGCAGUGAAGCUAGGCGUCCUGGACGAGGUUACGCGCAGAAUUGCCCAGUCCGGCUUGAAGAUCCUUCGCAAGGAGCAGCGCCAGCUAACAUCUGAUGAGGUGAAGAACUUUUACGUGGAGCAGCAGGACUUGACAAAGCCUUUCGGCACACGUCGAGCACACCGCCGUACGGAGGGAAAGCGGGAGUGA